GCUAGCAAACACUAUUGGUGUGCUAGCUUCACCUCAGCGCUGAUAUCCGGGCCAGCUAUCCGCUGAUGUUUUACGUCAAAACCGUGCCAGCCCUCAAACGGGCGAGGGCGGACAUUCACUUUAAACGGUUAGUCUUAAACCGAGCAGUACGUUGCACCGUGACCUCCAGUUCGACGGCCCAGACGGAGCAUGACGGUGUCAGAAGCCGCGGCGGGUCAGAGUGUCCCGGACUGUCUGGGAGAGGAGGGAGAAGGAGAGAAGGCGCCGCUGCCGCCGCUGCUAAUGAGAUCUCCGUAGACUUUGAGCAGACCCGGGAGGCUUACAAGAGCAAAGACUCAUUAGAGCUGCUCAGAAGUUUGGUGGUUUUCAAACUUUGUUCAUAUGACUUCCUGGUUGAUAAGAACAAAGAGAUAAUGGCUCUAGCUAAGAAGAUUCUAGGCCAGAAAACCUUUGACCAGUUCAUGAAGAUGACAUUUUAUGGUCAGUUUGUGGCUGGUGAGGACCACAAUGACAUCAAGCCACUGAUUCAGAAGAACCACUCCUUCGGUGUCGGCUCUGUCCUGGACUAUAGUGUUGAGGAAGACAUCAGUCAGGAGGAAGCGGAGCAGAAAGAAAUGGACUCAUGUGUGUCUGCUGCAGAGAAAGAGAACAUAGGCAAGGACCACAGAGAGAGAAAAUAUCAAGUGCACAAACAAUUCAGCGACCGCCGUGGGGGAGUGACCGGAGCCCGCACAUAUUUCUAUGCUGAUGAGGCCAAAUGUGACCAACAUAUGGAAACCUUUACCAAAUGCAUCAAAGCAUCUGGUGGGAGUUCAAUGGAUGGUUUUUCUGCCAUCAAAAUGACUGCACUAGGACGACCUCAGUUUCUGCUCAAGUUCUCAGAGGUGCUGGUGAAAUGGCGGCGGUUUUUCACCUUCCUAGCGUCACAGCAGGGUAAAGAUGGCUUGGAGGCCUUAGAGCAGAGGCUGGAGCUUACACAACUGCAGGAGUUCAUGACCAAACUGGGCGCAAAUGGUGACUUCUAUGGCUGGUUUACAGGAAGGAAAGAGGACUCGACAGGAUGCAUUGACAUGCUUGACUGGAACAGCCUAAUAGAUGACAGAACAAAGAUAUCGGAUCUGCUUGUUGUUCCAAAUGUAGAGCUAGGUAAGCUGGAGCCUCUGCUAGGGAAGUUCACUGUAGAGGAGGAGCAACAAAUGAAGCGGAUGUUACAGCGUGUAGAUGUCUUGGCGAAGCAUGCCCUAGAGAGUGGUGUUCGUUUGAUGGUGGAUGCAGAGCAAACCUAUUUCCAGCCAGCCAUUAGCAGACUAACACUAGAGAUGCAGAGGACCUACAACGGAGAAAAGCCUGUCAUUUUCAACACCUAUCAAUGCUACCUAAAGGAGGCCUAUGACAAUGUAACUAUGGAUGUAGAAUUGUCUCGACGUGAGGGUUGGCACUUUGCUGCCAAGCUGGUGCGUGGGGCCUACAUGUAUCAGGAGCGAGAAAGGGCCAAAGAGAUUGGAUAUGAAGACCCUAUUAACCCUGACUAUGAGUCAACCAAUAGGAUGUACCACAGGUGUUUGGACUAUGUGUUGGAUGAGAUUGCACUCAACAGAAAAGCAAAUGUAAUGGUGGCUUCCCACAAUGAAGACACAGUGAAACACACCUUAACAAGAAUGAAUGAGCUGGGUCUCAUUCCCACAGAAAACAAGGUAUACUUUGGUCAGCUGCUGGGCAUGUGUGAUCAAAUCAGCUUCCCGCUGGGCCAGGCAGGCUUCCCUGUCUAUAAGUAUGUUCCCUAUGGACCAGUGAAUGAGGUAAUGCCCUACCUGUCUCGGAGAGCACAGGAGAACCGAGGCUUCAUGAAGGGGGCCCAGAAGGAGAGGGAACUGCUUUGGAAAGAGCUGAAACGGAGACUUGCCUCUGGAGAGCUUCUUUACAAACCAGUGUACUGAAAACAAGAAAAGAUUUAGUAAAGAUUAUUGAGGGUUUCUUUAGUUGGUUCUUUGGUUAGUGUUCAUUAUCAUAGCUGCCUGUUCUGUCUUUUUUUAAGCAUAUGUCUUGUUUACUCAAUAUUUUGAAGGGUUUUUUUUUUUUACUGAUGGACUGUUUACAUAGGUCAGUAGUUUUUCUUUUUCCUACUAGUGUUUUUCAGCAUUCUGCUCUUGCAGGAUUUUAUCCACCUUCACUCCAUUCACUCCUUCUGCUCUCCACCUCUGCAUCCAUAAGCAUUUCUCAUUUUGUUUUCCCACUGUCUGUAGAGCUCUAAUAUCCAUCAAAUAGGCAUCUUUACUGCUCCAGAAGGACUUCCUAAAAUGUCAACAAGACUGGGCUGGGCAUCUUUUUUUAUUGCUCUAUUUAUUUUCAAGGAGAACGGGAAUCAUAAGAAUAACAUGCUUGAUAUAAAUGUUAGCAAAGUAAACUAUAUAGGUAUAUCUACUGUAUAUGUGCUUCUCAGUACUGUAUGUUUGUUUUUGAGGUUGCACUGACAUUUUUAAAACAAUACAAGUUUAUGUGUCAUGAAGAAGUAUAACUGCCUCAUCAAAGCACAUCUCUCUUCUUCAUCUUUGUUAUUAUAUUCACUACGAGAAGUUAUAUUUUUGCCCACAGUAUGUGUUCUAUACUCAGACUGAAAGUUUCCCCAAUUUUGGUCAAUUCAUGUCCAAAUCUUGAUUUUAAAUCCAACUCUUAACUUAAUUCAGAUCAAUCCCAGAUCUCUUAACCAUCUGUCUGCUCGGUCUCAUAAGUAAUUGUUAAACAUAUAGUUUUUAAUUCUUGAUCAAUCUUUUUGAUGAUAAGCUUUGUAACUGUAAAGCAAAUACAAUAAUAUCAACAAUAAUUUCAUCCUAUUAGUCUUAAAAGGUUGGUUAGGUAUUUUCUUGGCUUUAUCACUGAAGUAUAUCUCAGUUAUAGUUUCCUACAUUUUAAUAGUUUUCUUCCCUCCCUGUGAUUGUGGAUCUGUUUCUAUGGUUAAUAGGCUGAGUACUGGUGCCAUGCUGGUGGAGAAGUGAACGUUUAAAUCUGGGUCUCUGUUAUAGUGGAAUUGUUGAGGCUCUUUCUCGUUGUUUGUGGCUUGUUGAUGUGGGCACUUUCUGUCUUGUUUCUCCAUCUUGACUGAUCUACAGCAUGCCCUUAUCCAUUUGGGGUGUCUAUAAAGCAAGCUAAAUCUGGUCUCAAGAGGCCGAAAGCCCCCUGAAUCUGGCAUUGAUUUCUGUUUUUCUGGUCUGUCUGACAGACUGGACCUCUUACAACAAAGAUACCUCCUAGCAUGUUGGAGCACUAUCUAUUACAUUAGACAACUCUGUGCAAUUCUGAUUUUUGACCAUGUAAAUAUGUUUAACUCAGAUUGUAUUUGUUGAAUUUGCAUCUUACCAAAUAUGCUUGUGAAAUUGCUAAAUAUGUGAAUAUAAAGUAUGUGAAGUCAUGCAUAUUUUUGAUGUCCUUGACGGAAAUGCUGUAGCUUUGAACUGUUUGUACAGCUUGAGUUGUUUGAGGUUUUAAUUUGGUGACAUAUUCGGCUUGGUUAUUGAUGCACAAUUAGUGUUUGAGUCAGAGGGUAACCAAGCUUCAUGAUAAUUAUGGCCUUGUCAUUUUAUGAGAGCAGUCAGUGCUCUGUAGACCAUCGUUUAAUUACCCAUGAUGCUACGCUCAAUACAGAUCACAGAAAUUGGAUGCAUUAAUCAUUACUCAGAAGAAACUUUAGUGGCUGUUCAGUUUUACUGAGGCAGAGCACCACAGAGGUGUCACUGUUGCUGUGUUCUAUCAGUUUAAUUAAGAAUCAAGUCUACUUUUGAUGUAAGAUGUGCCGUUGGGUAUACAUUUGCCAAUAAAUCCCUUCUUAUAGGGUAGUGGAGUUUUUCUGGUUAGCAUGAGUAGAUUCAGAGGACACAUUAAGAAGUGAAAAAUUCUACCCAAGUUCUAGGUCAGCAAAGCUCUAAGCACAGCAACAGUUCUCUCUACAUUAAAAGCACACAAGAAUGUAAUAAAAUCAGCAUAGACUAAUUUACUUUAUAUAAUGAAUGUUGACAUUGUAUUAUGCAAGAUGUGAUGUGUGGCAUACAUAACUGGCUUCUUUGGGCUGUUGUUUCUACCAUUUUGGACCGAAGUUUGUAUCUUGGCUGAGGCCUUGGCUUGGAACACAACAGCCCAGGGUUUUUCAAAUAAUGACUACUUGCACUGUGACAGGUUUUGUUUAAAUACAUACAGAACAUCAAUUUUCAGGGUUGUAACUUUGAAAAGUUUUGUUUUUCUGUAGAACAAUGGCUAGAUUGGAUUGUUGCCGCAUUCCAGGCGUCACUUAAGCUCUAAUCAGGAUUUGUAUGCCAAUAGAUAAAGUGACAGUAUGGUGGCUUUGAGCCAUCCAAGAGUAUUAUGUUUUGGUUUGUUUUUAUCUUUUGACAGCAAACUGAGAGAUUAGUGGCUCACAGUGCAUAAAAUAGAUAACUAGGCCAAUGCACAUUAACUUCAA